GCAGCCGCAGCAGCAGCAGCCGGACUCCUCCCCCCGCCGCCGCCGCCGCUCUCUUCAAAUUCCCGACGAAUUCUACCCGAAAAACACAUCAUUCUUCGCGCCGUAUCGUUCCCUGCAGCCGCCGCCGCUCUUCCUCGGUCCUACUCUGGGGUUCCAGUGCCGCUGCUUCGUCUUCCCAUCUCUCGCCGCGGAAGAGGGGCGGAGGUGGCACUCAUGAAGAGGCUAGUGGUUCUGGCAUGGGCGCUGGCCUUCGUUCUCACCUCAGUCAACGGCGAUGCGCGGCGGCAAUGGAGGGAGCAGGGGCCGCCGGGAUCGCGGCCGCACAGCGUCACCAUCACUGAGUUCGGCGCCGUCGGGGACGGCAGGACCCUGAACACUCUACCCUUCCAAAACGCGGUCUUCUAUGCCCGGUCCUUCGCCGACAAGGGCGGAGCGCAGCUCUACGUCCCCAAGGGCCGGUGGCUCACCGGCAGCUUCAACCUCACCAGCCACCUCACCCUCUUCCUCGAGGAAGAAGCCACCAUCAUCGGCUCCAAGGAGUCAUCGCAAUGGCCAGUUGUGGAACCUUUGCCAUCUUAUGGACAGGGACUAGACCUUCCAGGUCCUAGACAUCGCAGCUUAAUAAAUGGAUACAAUCUAACCGAUGUUGUUAUUACCGGGAAUAAUGGAGUCAUUGAUGGCCAGGGAUCAGUAUGGUGGGAUUGGCUUCGCUCUCAUGAACUGAACCAUAGUCGCCCUCAUCUCGUGGAGUUUCUGUAUUCCGAAGAAAUUGUGAUCUCAAACUUGACAUUUUUAAACUCACCAGCCUGGAGCAUACAUCCAGUGUACUGCAGCAAUGUAAAGGUUCAUAAUGUCACAAUUAAGACCUCGUUGGAUGCUCCAUUCACUGAUGGCAUAGUUCCAGAUUCGUGUUUGAAUGUGCUCAUCGAAGACAGCACCAUUAGUGUCAGUCAUGACUCUAUCUCAGUCAAAAGCGGGUGGGACAAGUAUGGUAUUUCCAUUGGAAGGCCAGCCUCGGACAUUCAUAUCCGCAGAGUGGAUCUGCAAGCGUCAUCUGGUGCGGCACUUGCAUUUGGGAGCGAGAUGUCCGGAGGGAUCUCAGAUGUUCAUGCUGAUCACCUAAAGAUACAUGGUUCUAGUAAAGGGUUUUCCUUCAAGACAACCCCUGGCCGUGGAGGUUACAUAAAGGAGGUAGUCAUCUCGGAUGUAGAAAUGGAUGGUGUCCUUCUGGCCAUUGAAUUCACAGGUAAUUCGUCAAGCCAUCCAGAUGAUGAUUUUGAUCCAUCUGAGCUCCCAGUGAUUGAUCAAAUCACCCUAGAGAACAUGGUGGGGACAAACAUCUCGGUUGCUGGAGUUCUAUCAGGAAUCGAAGGUGAUCCAUUUACUGCCAUCUGCCUUUCCAAUCUCAGUUUCUCGAUAGCUGAUUUGGCUCAUUCCAGUCCCUGGUCUUGUUCCAAUGUUUCUGGAUACUCUGAAUCAGUUUUUCCAGAGCCUUGCUUGGAACUUGAUACAGUGUCCUCAAAUUCUUCAAUUUGCUUCUCCCUUGCCAAUUACAGUGCCCUUGCUGUGGCAUAGUCACAUAUAUAGAGUAUUCUUGUGUUCAUCCUUCGCUUUUCUUGCCCCAGUCCUUGUACAAUUCAGAAACAUUAAGCCUCUAUCACCAUCUUUUUCGCAAUUCUUUCACAAUAAAUGUGUCAAAAAAGAAUCAUACCAGGCCACCCUCUUAUGGGGCCAAUGCUGGGAUCAGAAGAUGCAUAAUGAUUGUGAGGAAGAAUCAAGUGGGUUUGUGGACAGCUAGGUGCUUGCUUGUACAGCUACAUUUCUUCAUUCAAUCUGUAAGAAAAUUUUCUUUUUGGUAGGGGCUGAGUGCACAACAGUUGCUGCAAUACUAUUGUCAUUUGGUUAUAAGUUAUCAAAUCAUGGUUAAAUUGAUCUGUGUAUAUACUGUCUCCAUGUGAGCUUCAAUCAAUCGAAUAAACAACAUCACAUGUCAUCUUGGAAUUUGGCAUC